AUGCUCAGCAUAUCGAGCGGUGACGAGGAAGUGAGCAAGGAUCGGCCGCCGGCCAAAGGGAGAGCCGGCGGCGGUGGAGCCGGAAGGGGAGGGAAAGACGACGACGGGUGGGAUGGCGGGGAGCCUGAUUGCUGGAAGCGAGUGGACGAGGCCGAGGGCCUCUCGGCAACGGUGGGCCGAAGUCAGUGGCGGUUGAGUAGACCGGCAACGGCGGCACCCUGCACGAGCCUCGACGGUUACACUUCCGGAGUAGUGCGGUGGUUACAUCGUGCGGAUAUCGGUCCAGAUAAGUACAGCCUCCCUUAUUUUUUAUUUAUUUUCCUUUAUAAUUGUCCUCCAUAA